AGCACAGAUAUUUGCUGGUGCAUUCCCAGAGAAUUAUGAACCCCCAAGUGGUUUUUACUUUGAAGUAAAUGAUGAUUCUGAUAUCGUGCAGGAUGAUAUGAAUUUGUUUGAUUACAAUGUUCAAGAUCGUGUGAAUGAUUUUGUUGCUGCUGCUUUUUCACAGGCUAAUAUUACUCGAACAAAUCAUGUCAUGUGGACCAUGGGAACAGAUUUCAAGUAUCAGUAUGCUCGGACAUGGUUUCGGAACAUGGACAAGCUCAUUCAUUAUGUCAAUGAAGAUGGCCGCGUCAAUGCAUUAUAUUCAACACCAUCAAUUUAUACUGAGGCAAAAUAUGCUUCUAAAGAGUCCUGGCCUCUUAAAACUGAUGAUUAUUUCCCAUAUGCAGACCGCAUUAAUGCUUAUUGGACUGGAUAUUUUACCAGCAGACCUGCAAUUAAACGCUAUGUUAGAAUCUUGAGUGGGUACUAUUUGGCAGCUAGGCAACUCGAAUUUUUCAAAGGAAGAAAUGAAGCUGGACCAAGCACUGACUCAUUGGGUGAUGCAUUAGGGAUUGCUCAACAUCAUGAUGCUGUCACUGGAACAGAACAGCAACAUGUGGCAAAUGACUAUGCCAAACGUCUAUCAAUAGGUUACAAGGAGGCUGAAGAUGUGAUUUCUACUUCACUCGCUUAUAUAGCACAAUCAUCAUCAGAGUCUGGACUUAAAUUACAACAGUGCCCACUUCUGAACAUAAGUUAUUGUCCUCCAUCUGAAGUUAAUUUAUCUCCUGGGAAAAAAUUAGUGGUCGUGAUCUAUAACUCCUUGGGGUGGAAAAGAUCCGAGAUUGUGAAAAUUCCUGUUGUCAGCGCGAAUGUCAUUGUUCAAGAUUCCACUGGAAAAGAAAUCGAAUCACAGAUCCUUCCUGUAGUUGAUGCUGCAAUGGCCCUACGGGAAUUUUAUGCAACUGCAAAUGUUGGAAAAUCCCCUGUAGGAGGCCCCCUAUAUUGGCUUGCUUUCAAAGUGGUGGUUCCUCCUCUAGGUUUUAGCACAUACACUGUCACUAGUGGUAAAAGAGCAGCUACUACUUCAGUAAGGGAGAAGUUCUACAGAUCUGAUGGGAAUCAAAAUGAUGCUAUUGAAGUAGGGCCUGGGAAUUUGAAGCUUGUAUACUCUGGAAGUGACGGAAAACUGACUGGAUAUAUUAAUGGCAAAAACAUGGUCAAGUCCUCUCUAGAGCAAUCUUAUAGUUAUUAUGUUGGAGAUGAUGGUACUAAGGAUGUUGCACCUGUGGUGCCUCAGGCUUCUGGAGCAUAUGUUUUCCGGCCUAACUCCACAUUUCCCAUCCAGUCUCAAGAAAAGAUACCAAUUACAGUUCUUAGGGGACCGCUCUUUGAUGAAGUUCAUCAGAGUGUAACUUCGUGGAUAUAUCAGAUUACACGAGUCUACAAGGAAAAGCAGCAUGCUGAGGUUGAGUUCAUUGUUGGCCCCAUACCCAUUAAUGAUGGACUUGGCAAAGAGGUAGUAACACAACUUACCACCACCAUCAAGAACAAUAAAACAUUCUAUACAGAUUCUAAUGGUCGAGAUUUCCUUGAACGGAUUCGGGACUACAGAUCUGACUGGAACCUUCAAGUGAACCAGCCUGUGGCAGGAAACUAUUACCCAAUCAAUCUUGGAAUUUAUAUGAAAGAUAAGGACACCGAGUUCUCAAUCUUGGUUGAUAGAUCUGUUGGAGGAUCUAGCAUUUUUGAUGGGCAAUUGGAACUGAUGCUUCACAGGAGACUGCUUGUUGAUGAUAGUAGAGGCGUUGCAGAGGCAUUAAAUGAAACAGUCUGUAUUCCUAGUGCAUGCAAAGGGCUAACCGUUCAAGGCAAGUUAUAUUUUAGGAUUGAUCCACUUGGGGAGGGAGCUAAGUGGCGUCGAUCAUUUGGACAGGAGAUAUACUCUCCACUUCUUCUAGCCUUCAGCGAGCAGGACGGAGAUGAGAUGACCAAUUUUAAAGUUCCAACCUUUACAGGAAUUGAUCCUUCCUAUAGUUUACCUGAUAAUGUGGCAUUGAUAACUCUCCAGGAGCUUGCAAAUGGAGAAGUUUUAAUUCGCUUGGCUCAUUUAUACGAGGUUGGAGAAGACAAGGACCUAUCAGUACCAGCAAGGGUGGAGUUGAAAAAGUUAUUUCCCAAUAAACAGAUUAUUCAAAUUACAGAAACAAGCUUAUCUGCUAACCAGAAGAGGGAAGACAUGGAAAAGAAAAGACUAGUUUGGUCAGCAGAAGGUUCAACUCAUAAAUCCCAAAGGGUUUCAAGAGGGGGACCUGUUGAUCCCAUUAAGUUGGUGGUCGAGCUAGCUCCAAUGGAAAUCCGCACCUUCUUGAUCAACUUCAGCAAAAAGUUGUCAACUCUGUGAACUGCAGAAAGGUACAAAAAAGCAUGAUGACCAGAGUGUAUUCUAGUGUUUUGCUUCAGUAAAGACUGUUAUGGGAAUAAGCGGCAACCCAAGACUCUCUUGAAGUUUUGCUGGAAUCAGUCAGCAAUAAUGAAGCGAAGAGGCAGGCAAAUUGUGCUGCUGCUUUCUUUUUGGGUCUUUUGGCCUUCUUUUGUGAAGUUGUCAUCAGAAUAAUAGCGCAUUAGGAAUAAUUUAGGUCCCAUGUUUAAGAUGUACUAUAUGCAGAAAUCGGCUGAUAUAGAUUUGCACCAUGUUUUAAUUUAUGAAUUAUUAUGCGAUAAUUGUCUGAACCGUUUGGCUAAUUAUAAUCAGUAAGGCAAAGUUUUCAUCAA